AUGAUUCCCACCUAUCUUGUUGCGCUCCUGAGUCUUGUCAACAUCACUACUGCUGCAACAGCAGCGAGCAGAACAGCAUAUGUUAGCAUCACAGGGUCAAAAACGGGGACGAAUACUCAAACAAAAGCGCGACCUUUUAGGCGGAAUAUCUUGGACCUGCAGCAAGAUGCGCCAUCAUGGGCUCUCUAUAUUCAAUGUUUGACUACCAUGCAGAAUGUCGAUGAAAAUGACCCUCUUUCUUGGUUUCAGAUUGCAGGCAUCCAUGGAAGGCCCUACUCAACAUGGAACAACGUAGGACCUACGCAGAAUCCAUUUUAUGGCGGAUAUUGUACUCAUAGCUCGGUAUUGUUUACCACCUGGCAUCGGCCAUACCUUGCACUCUUCGAGCAAGUCCUGGCCCAAUGUGCUCAAAAUGUCGCCAAGCAAUAUACUGGAUCCAACGCCGCCACUUAUCAAGCAGCUGCAGACAAGCUAAGAAUGCCAUACUGGGACUGGGCGAGCGAUCCUAAAAUGCCAGAUUCUGUCAGUCUUGCGAGCACCCAAAUCAACACACCGAAUGGACUUACCACUGUUCGAAACCCGCUGUUCUCUUAUAGAUUCAAACGGUAUCCACUUAAUACUUCGCCAUUCCCGCCAACCUCUCUCUCCGUAUUUCCUCAGACUGUGAGAAGCCCUAUCACGAAUACUUUUGACGCCGUUUCGGAUGUUGGGGGAAUAAACGAAUUGCUUGUCAGCGGUGGUUUGAUGCAAAGAACUUAUGACACUCUCACCAAGGGACAGGGAUCAUACAACGGCUUCUCUGAUGGGACGACUCAGGGACCGUCAAUUGAGAAUGUGCAUAACAACAUCCAUGGUUACCUCGGUGGAAACAACGGACACAUGUCCUUCCUGGACUACUCAGCAUUCGAUCCGAUCUUCUGGUUGCACCACACAAAUGUAGACCGACUUUUCGCAAUGUGGCAAGCCAUCAAUCCGACCUCUCAAAUGACUCCAGCAUUAGAACCAGGAACCUACUCCCUUCCGCGUAACAAUCUUGACACUCUUCAGACUCCGCUCUAUCCCUUCACUUCUACUAUAGCAGGUCAACUCUACACUUCGGCAUCCGCCUUGAUGACCGCCAAAUUCAACUACGCAUACCCCGAGAUCGAAGAUUGGAACCAGAGCGUAGAUCAGCUCAAGACGAACGUCACGGCCCAGAUAAAUCGACUCUACGAUCCGAAUGGGAUUUGGCAAAACACCCGUCCACUGAGAGCGGCGAAACGCACUGCGCUCAAGGCUGGGGCAGUUACUAGGGCAUGGAGUGUUGCUGUAAAAGUCGCGAAAUUCGAUCUCGACGGAGAGAUGUUCCGGAUCAGGUUAUUCCUGGGUGAUAUACCAGCGGAGUCGAAAGCUUGGGGCUUGUGCAAGACGCUGUUUGGAACAAUGACUAUCAUGCCAGAGCCAUUUGACGGGCCAAAACCAUUUCCAAAUACCACAGUCCAUGAUGAGUGGAGUCUUACAAAUUCUAUCAUUGCGGCAGGGAUUGAUCAUACGAAAACUGAGGAUGUCGUUGAAUAUUUGAAAAAGAAUCUAGAUUGGAGAGUUCAAAAGCGAGACAAUUCCAUAGGCGAUCUCAAAGCCCUCGAAACCCUGCAAGUCUCAGUGUUUGACCAGACAUUCGAAUUGCCAUCGGAAGUUACCGACUUGCCGAAGUAUGGGCAGGAACAUAAUUAUCAUGUUGAGGUUACGAAGGAUAAACCGUGCGGGAGGACUAAUAGUGAUGCAUAA